AUGGGUAAUGAUGGAGGUUCAAUUCCAAAACGUAUUGAGCUUGUUAAAGAAAAACAAAAGGAAGUUAGACCAGAUCAAAAUGCAUUGAAAAUAGCUACCUGGUUUUUUUGUGCCCUAUCCAAGAGGUUAUUACAAGAACCUGUCGUUGUGUGUGGAUUAGGUAAAUUAUAUAAUAAAGAUGCUGUUAUAGAAUAUUUAUUAAAUAAGAAUGUUUAUGGUGACGGUGAUACUAUUUGUUCUCACAUCUCAACCAUGAAGGACGUAAAGGCAUUAAAAUUAGCGGCAAAUCCAGCAUUUAAAGAUACAAAUGGAGCUAGUAUAGCACAUUUCGACCAAGGAAUGGUAUCUAGAUUUAUUUGUCCUAUCACUAUGAAAGAAAUGAACGGAAAAGUGAAAUUCGUUUAUUUGGAAACUUGCGGUUGUGUAUUUUCCGAACAAGGUUUAAAAGAAGUACCUAGUUCUUCUUGUAUACAGUGCAGUAAACCAUUUAAACAAGAAAAUAUUAUUACUAUAAAUCCAAGUCAUGCUGAACAAGAGCAACAAGAAUCCGCCGAAGAUAAUGUCAUAGCUGAAUCUUCAUCAUCUGCUUCACGUAACAAGAGAAAAAGAGAAGGUAAUAGCGAACAAUCAAUAUUAAAGAAACCAGCAAUCGAAUUAGAAGUCGGUGUUACUGCUAGUAGUAGUGGUCAUAGUGGAAUUGGCGGUAAUAGCGUUACCGCUGUUGUUAACCAAAAAGUUCAAGAACAUUUGGUUAACACCUCUUCUAAAAACAAACAGUCUAAAGCCAUUCAAUCUAUUUAUUCACAGAAAAAAGAUAAGAGAGUAACUGAAAGUUAUUUAGUUAGAGCACAAAUUGAACAUAAGCAUCAGUUCAAAAGUAUCUUGAAAAUGUCUCGAGAAGCAGAGACACCACCACCUUUGUUUCGUUCAGGUCCAGGUUCAUCAGGCACUUCAAAAACAUUUUCUUUCUUAGCACCGCAUUAUAAAGAUUUCAUCAAUGAUGAUGAAACUUUUGGUGAAGGAGAUUCAUUUUUUGGUUCUGCAAAAAGAUUGACAAGUCCCAUGAUUGGAAGACAAACACUUUAUACACCGUCAAGGAAAGUUUCAUUCACAUCUAUACUAGAUAAGGUUUCGCCUAUUAAAUUUAAUGGUCAAUUCGGUCCUUCAAGGGAUGUUAUAAUAGAAAAGCUCACUACAAAGAGUCCUUUGAGAGAACAAAAGAAAAUAAAUUUUCUUGAAAACAUUACUAAUGUAAAAUUUGGAGCUGAUAAAUCCGUCAAAAAUCGUGUCAACGCGCCGCAAGCUAAAAAAAAAGUAGUAAACAAAACCAUUAAUAUUACUACUGCUGCGGCUCGAGCCAAGAAAGUCACAAUUCCAAAAGAAUUUAAUUUUUCCAAACGUUUUGAUAAACCACAAGUUAAGAAAAUUCAUUCACAAGGGAUUCAGAAACGACAACCAUUCAAAAAACCCGGCAAAGACCUGAAGGUUCCUCCAAAAGGACUAAAGAUUUCUAAAUGUCUUGAUAAACCACAUGCUAGAAGAAAUUAUCCUAUGAAUAAAUCUCAAAGGGUUAGGCAACCUGUAAAGAAAUCCGGCACAGAUUCGACGGUCACCAUUCCAAAAGAAUUUAACUUUUCUAAACGUUUGGAUAAACCACGUAGAACAAAUGUUAAAAAUUUUCCUACGCGUAAAACUAAUGGGAUUCAGAAACGUCGACCCGUUAAAACGAUUUUGACAAUUCCCAAACCCUUCAGAUUUCACGUGGGAAACCGUUCUAAAGUGGUCAAUGAUCAUUCGCCAAAAUCCCCGUUUAUUUCAUUGGCGGAACAAGUGCAACAUUUUACGAAUAAAACCCCGGACAGAUUCAAAUCAAAGACUGUAACGAUGAAGGUAAAAGCGAUGGCAAAAAGCUUGAAAAGUAUACGAAUCUUUCCAUAG